CAUGAAAUCUUCAACCAUUUCUACCAUUGCACUCAUUUUUCUUGCAAUCUCUUCAUGUUCAUCCGCGGCAGCUUCCGCCGUGGAUGACCACGAAGACUUCCUCGAAUGCCUAUCCGAGCAAUUCCGCAACUACUCCUCGAUUUCGAGCAACCUCUACACCCCGGCCAACUCAUCUUAUUUUCCCACCCUCCGAUUUUCCAUCCAAAACAUGAGAUUCACGUCGGAUUCCACUCCUAAACCCGACGUGAUCGUAACCCCAGAACUCGAAUCCCAGAUCCCACCUAUCAUUUACUGUGCCAAAGAGAACGACAUGCAGAUCAGAACCCGAAGCGGUGGCCAUGACUACGAGGGUCUAUCUUACGUAUCCCGGGUCCCGUUCGUCAUCCUUGAUUUGAUCAAUCUUAGUGAAGUCACGGUCGACGUUGAGAAUAAAACCGCAUGGGUCGAAGCAGGCGCAACCAUCGGUUCUUUAUACUACAGGAUUGCAGAGAAAAGCCCGGUUCUAGGGUUUCCGGCAGGAGUAUGCCCGACUGUCGGCGUUGGCGGCCAUUUUAGCGGUGGCGGCUACGGCACACUCCUGAGAAAAUACGGACUGGCCGCGGAUCAGGUCAUUGACGCGAGAAUAAUUGACGUCAACGGCAGAAUCCUCGACAGGGAAUCAAUGGGCGAGGAUCUGUUCUGGGCCAUCAGAGGCGGCGGAGGCGCCAGUUUCGGCGUGAUCACUGCCUGGAAGGUACAACUGGUGGAUGUUCCAGAAACGGUCGCUGUUUUCACGGUUGACAGAACAUUGGAACAGAACGCAACUCAACUAGUCCACAAAUGGCAAUACGUUGCGCCCCGUUUCGAACAAGAUCUCUUCAUCAGGAUCCUUAUGAGAAGAGCGAAUUCGACCGGGAGAAACGUAACAGUUCGCGCUUCAUUCAAUUCGAUUUUCCUUGGCUCGGCCGACAGACUGCUUCCGUUGAUGCAGGAAAACUUCCCCGAGUUAGGGUUAGUGAGAGAAGACUGCAUCGAGAUGAGCUGGAUCGAAUCCAUCCUAUACUUCGCCGGAUUCCCGGUCGAAUCCCGGGAGAUUCUCCUCAACCGAACCCAACCCAACGUAAGAUACUUCAAAGCGAAAUCGGAUUACGUGGAGAGACCAAUCCCCGAGCAAGGGCUUGAAGGGAUAUGGAGGCUCUUUUACGAGGUGGAGGCCGAGGAGGCCGAGGUGAUCUUCAGCCCUUACGGAGGCCGAAUGGACGAGAUUUCUCCGUCAGCCAUUCCGUUUCCUCAUAGAGCUGGGAAUCUUUACAAGAUCCAGCAUUUGGUUUACUGGGAAGAGAGUGAGAAUGAGAAUUCGGAAAGCUACAUAAGUUGGAUUAGGAGGCUUUACAGUUACAUGGCUCCUUAUGUCUCUAAGCUUCCGAGGGCGGCGUACAUCAACUACAGAGAUCUCGAUAUUGGAGUGAACAACGAGGAGGAUGGGGAGACGAGCUAUGCGCGAGCGAGCGUUUGGGGGAUGAAGUAUUUUAAGGGCAAUUUCGAGCGGCUUGUUCGGGUGAAGACCGCGGUUGAUCGGGAGAAUUUCUUCAGGAAUGAGCAGAGCAUUCCGCCAUUGCAGUAUUGAAGAAGGAGAUUAGGGCAUGUGUUUGACUUUA